UCCAUUCACAACAGCAUCCAAAGGAUAAAAUAGAAAUUUUUAGUGGAAGUGAGAGGUAUACACUGAAAACUACAAAACAUUGCUGAGUAAAAUUGAAGAUCUCAAUAAAUGGAGACAUAAACCUUUUAUGAAUCAUGGUGAAAGAUUCGUUUUCAUUGCAGAGUGGUAUGAUCCAAAUGCUUCACUUUUUCGACGUUACGAACUUUUAUUUUACCCAGGGGAUGGAUCUGUUGAAAUGCAUGAUGUAAAAAAUCACCGCACCUUUUUAAAGCGAACCAAAUAUGAUGAUCUUCACUUGGAAGAUUUAUUUAUAGGCAACAAAGUAAAUGUCUUUUCUCGACAACUGGUGCUAGUUGACUAUGGGGAUCAAUAUACAGCUCGCCAACUGGGCAGUAGAAAAGAAAAAACAUUGGCUCUGAUUAAACCAGAUGCAAUAUCAAAAGCUGGAGAAAUAAUUGAAAUGAUAAACAAAGCCGGAUUUACUAUAACCAAACUCAAAAUGAUGAUGCUUUCAAGGAAAGAAGCAAUGGAUUUUCAUAUAGACCAUCAGUCAAGGCCCUUUUUAAAUGAGCUGAUCCAGUUUAUUACAAGUGGUCCUACUAUUGCCAUGGAGAUUUUAAGAGAUGAUGCCAUAUGUGAGUGGAAAAGAUUGCUUGGACCCGCAAACUCCGGGAUGGCUCGUACGGAUGCUCCUGGAAGCCUGAGAGCCCUCUUCGGAACCGAUGGCAUAAGAAACGCAGUUCAUGGCCCCAAUUCUUUUGCUUCUGCUGCCAGAGAAAUGGAGUUAUUUUUUCCUUCAAGUGGAGUUUGUGGACCAGCAAACACUGCUAAGUUUACGAAUUGUACCUGUUGCAUUAUUAAGCCCCAUGCCAUCAGUGAAGGACUGCUGGGAAAGAUCCUCAUGGCUAUCCGGGAUGCAGGUUUUGAUAUCUCAGCUAUGCAGAUGUUCAACAUGGAUCGAGUUAAUGUUGAAGAGUUUUAUGAAGUUUAUAAAGGAGUAGUGUCUGAGUAUAAUGAGAUGGUGACAGAAAUGUAUUCUGGCCCUUGCGUAGCAAUGGAGAUUCAACAGAAUAAUCCUACAAAGACAUUUCGAGAAUUCUGUGGACCUGCUGAUCCUGAAAUUGCCCGGCAUUUACGCCCUGGAACCCUCAGAGCAGUCUUUGGUAAAACUAAGAUCCAGAAUGCUGUUCACUGUACUGAUCUACCAGAGGAUGGCCUAUUAGAGGUUCAGUAUUUCUUCAAGAUCUUGGAUAAUUAGCAGCAGAGAAAGCAAAGAAGUCACAGGCUGGAGCAUUUAGACAAGAGUAAUCACGCACAUGAGGAAUGUGUUCAUUCUUUUAUUGUCCAUUGUUUUAACCUGACUGAAUACAAGAUCAACAAGAGCACUGUACUCCUGGCAAUUAUUAUACAUGUUAGAACAUGGAUUUUGCACUGUAGACAACAUUUAACACCAGUCUAUGGGGUACUGCAUUGCUUUUUAUAAAGUCCAAAAUAAAGAUUUAUUUUCAAACAAG